AUGUAUCAACAAGAAAAUCAUUCCUCUCACUCACCCACAUCAUCCUCUGAUCGUUCUUGUUCUGUCGGACGGGUUGUAUGUACACAAACACAUGAAGUGACAUGUCAAGAUCGAUACAAAAUUUAUGGAACGGUUUUCAUUCCGCUCGAUCAGGACAGUGAGGGUAAAUUUUGUCAAACUCACAUCUCGGAAACUGCAAUAUUGAUGGCACCAGCCAUGGGAAUUCCGUGUCGAUUUUAUAAAGAUUUUUGUACAUUCAUUUGCGAAGAAAUUGGAUGUAUUGUCAUGACCUUUGAUUAUAGAGGAUGCUUUUCAUCAGGUUUGCGAGUGAAUGCUGUUGUUGCGGAUAAUUCCAACAUGGACCACAACAAGAAGGCGAGUGCCGAUGAAGAAAAGAAAAUACUUUAUGACAUUCAAAACAAAUAUAUUAGUAUUAGAAAUUGGGGACUGUUGGAUGUGACAGCAAUCAUGAAUUUUCUUGAAAGUACACCACUACAUAAACUAUUAUUGACAAGUUCUGAUUCGACUACCAAAGUCCUACCUAAAAUAGUUAAAUCAUCAGAAAUGCACAACAAACAAGGAUCUGAAAACAACAAGUCAGUGAUUCAACAAGAAGAACAACUCACUCAAUAUUUAACACACCUCGAACAACAACAAUACUCCUCUCCCAUCCUUCCCAUUGACAAUUUUCUCUAUAUUGCACACAGCAUUGGAGGACAAAUAUUGGCCCAUAUUCCUUCUCUGUAUUUACAGAAAUUUAUUGGAACAGUUUGGGUUGGAACUCAGAGUGGACUCAUGACACACUGGCCAUGGAUCACUCCUCGAAUUUUCAUGUUUUUCUAUUGGUAUGUCUAUUUACCGAUGAUGGUACGGAUGUAUCCACUCAUUACUCCUCCUGUGUAUGUUGCAAAUAAGCUUGUGAGAGAUUGGUACUCGGCAGGUCAUUGUCGAAGGAAUUAUAUUUUUGAAUAUUGUGGAAUUGAGGAGCCACCAAAGAAUCCACAACAUCCUGCAUGGGCAUUACAGAAAAUUCCAAUGGUGAGUUAUGUGAUUGAGGGAGACAAUUUUGCACCCUUGCAGUCGGCGAUGUGGAUUUUUAGAAGUUUGAGUGAUCCUAAAUUUGUGAGCUUUACUGAUCAACAACAUUUGAAUACGGACAAUUCGAGAAUUCCUAAAACGAUUAAUGUGACAUUGAAAAAAGAUUCGAAUACACAACAAGAUGAUCAUGUUCAACCGUUAACUUGUCCCAACGAGAAGAGAAUGUAUUACAUUCAUGGGGAGAUUGCUAAAAAAGUUGGGCAUUUCAACUUUUUCAAACGAAAGGACGGAAGAGAUGAGUGUUGGCCUCAUAUAUUGACUAUCGUGAAACAAAUGAUGGAAAACCAUGACUCACAAAAGAAGCAAAAAACACUAAUGGAAUUCACUGAUCCACGACCUUCAAAACUGUAA